AGCUCCGUGUGUCCCUUCGGGGCUCUGACGAAUGGUCUGGAUGCGAGCCUCAUUCUCCAGGGACCUCGGGAGGAAGCAGCAGCAGCGUCAGUGACUGCUAUCGUCCCACACCUCUCAGGCCGGGCCAUGCGUCACGUGACCUGCCUGGCCCUGCUGGGCGCUGCUCUCCUCUGCGUCUCCCUGGCGAUGCCCGCCUGCAGUCCCCACGGCCUCGCCGGGAGCUACCCAACUGGAGCUACUCGGCCUCCGACUUCUGGGCAUGGGUGCACGAGUUGCGGGCCACGGGCGCCUACGACCCGCACAGCGACAUGGCCCGCGUCUACUGGGCCCACUUCCCAGUGGCCACCACGCUGGGGUUCGAGGCGGGCUCCCAGGAGGAGUGACACCCCUCCCCGCCUAGCUACCCACCCACCUACCUACC